AUGGAGAACCCAGCUCUCGAAAUCAAAGACGUCAUCAGGAUCCUCACCACUGGUUCCCCACCAGAACAAGAGGCCAGCCUAAAGUCGUACUUCACCAGCGACGCAGCCUUCUACCAUCCAUUCUGUCGCGUACCGUCCUUCCCCGUCGGAUCAGUCCCUUUCGCUCCGAUCCGCACAUAG